AGGGAGGUGGGUGUAAAGGGUGCCCCCUACAAAUCCUGGGGGCUGGAGAAGGCCAGGGCACCUUUGGGUGGUGGAGUGCGGAGGAGACGACCCAUAGCAGAGGCAUCCCAGUGACCAGCAACCAUGACGGACCAGCAGGCUGAGGCCAGGUCCUACCUCAGCGAGGAAAUGAUCGCUGAGUUCAAGGCUGCCUUUGACAUGUUUGAUGCUGAUGGUGGUGGGGACAUCAGUGUCAAAGAGCUGGGCACCGUGAUGAGGAUGUUGGGCCAGACGCCCACCAAGGAGGAGCUGGAUGCCAUCAUCGAGGAGGUGGACGAGGAUGGCAGCGGCACCAUCGACUUCGAAGAGUUCUUGGUCAUGAUGGUGCGCCAGAUGAAAGAGGAUGCCAAAGGGAAGAGCGAAGAGGAGCUGGCAGAGUGUUUCCGCAUCUUUGACAGGAACGCAGAUGGCUACAUCGAUGCUGAGGAGCUGGCUGAGAUUUUCCGGGCUUCUGGGGAGCACGUGACAGACGAGGAGAUAGAAUCCCUGAUGAAGGACGGUGAUAAGAACAAUGAUGGCCGCAUUGACUUUGAUGAGUUCCUGAAGAUGAUGGAGGGUGUGCAGUAAGGAGUAGGUCAUCGCUUCUACCCGGAUCGCGGGUCCCUUGAGCCUGGGCAUCUCCACCCCUGCCGGUCCAUUCCCACCAGGGAGGCGCGGCCCCUUCGGGCUCAAUCUGGAAGGAAUAAAAGUCAACCUCGCCAA